AUGACCCUACACCCCCGCGCACCCCAGGCAAACAAGGGCCUGCAGUACCCUCUCCCUCAUAUAGUGGAAUCAUACACAAUCGUCGAAGAACCCGACAUUCUCUCAAUACCAGGUUAUGCAAACUCUUGGUAUGGCGACAGACGUGUCGCUACAAUUAGCGGACCUGAAACAGAUAGGGUGCCCAAGCAACCAGCCUUCGAUGCAACCGACUCCACCAUUGAGUCUUCUCUCCAACCCCUCUUUGCGACCACUGGAAAACAUGUUGAUAUCAGGGUCUGGGAUGCCGCCAAGUAUGAGGCACGAGUACGAGGGCUGUACAUUACCGGAAACAACACUGCUGCUCGCGCACAUCUUACGCAAACGGGCUGUGGCAGGUUUCAAACGGUUGAUAUGAACCGGUGUUGGUUCCUUCCACCACACGCUCAGGAUAUCAAGACCAUCGAACAGGCUUGGACAGGGAGCCAAGAGAUCAAUGACAUGCAAGAUCUUUCGCCACAGAGAAUCCUAAUUUCGCUCCAUGUGCAGUACCGCAAAGACGGCAACGGCAUGCUCAUCCGAGAAUUGACGUAUCUUGCUCUCACCGAAUCAGUCGCCGAGGGCAUUUGGGAUCUGAGGCAGAUAGAAGACAAAGAUAAACUGGUCAUUUCGGGUGAAGAACUUGGGCUCAAGCUGCGCGAAGCAUGGGUCUUGAGCCACGAGGAUUACUUCCAGCGUUACGCCAAUAGCCAGAUUGGCGUACUUUGUGCUACCGCAUCUGACCUUGACAAGCUAUCAGAUCGUGUCGUGUUUAGCUUCCACGACAGUCGCGAGACCACGACUUAUGCCAGAAGACUGGAUUCUUUCAUUAAGGGCGUUUGCGAGAAUCAGCGAGCGAAGCUUUACAAAGUUUACGCACAAUGUUUUCCAUCCACCAAGGCCGUUCAUUCACUUACCGUGGAGCCUCAUUGUAUCCCAGACCCUUCGCAAGCUUGUGUUUUUAUAAACGCAGGCGCAAUGCCCACUGGAAUAUGCGCCUAUGUCACGAGCGCAGCCUCUAAAGAAGUCAACGACACAUGGUAA